GGAAGGAGGAGCAGGAGGAGCAGGAGGAGCAGGGCAGGAGGAACAUGGACGUGUCUCUGCUCAGAGAGCAGUACAGGUGCAGCAGAGAGGAGCAGAGGAGACACGUGCUGCUGAGGACAGUGUCGGAGGAGCUGUCGGAGGCCGUCACUCAGGGUCUGGCGUUGCCAUGGGAACCGCUCAGGGGUUUGCCAGGGGGCGUGACCUUUGACCCCGACGCGACGGGCUGCGGAGACCCGUGGCGCGCCCACUUGGACCUCCACUUCCUUCCCGGUGUCACCGCGGAGUCGUCCCCGGAAACGACUCGCACCGACAGUUCCUUCCGACGUUCCUCGUCUUCCUCAGAGACCCGAAGCACCACGGACGAAGUCAACGCUGACCGGUCCAGAGGAGAACCAGGUCAGAGCGGUGGAUCCAGAGGGGAUCACCCCCCCGGCUCUGAUGAACGCUCCGCCCCCACCAGCAGCCUGUUUGAAGACCUGAAGGAGGAAGCCUCAGUGCUGCAGACCAGCUGCAAGGCCCCGGCCCUCAGGUUCACUAGGCAGCUGAGUCUAGGGGGGGUUGACUCCUCCAAUGGGGUCCACCAGAACCAGAACCACCACCCGUUCCCAAACAGGAAGCCCCCGAGGAUCUCGGAAGCCGCCAAAAGGCUUGGGAUGUACUCGUCCUUCUGA